GCUGACAGCAACAUGAAUAUGCCUGAGGAAGAAUAUGUGGAGAAAACCUUUGUAUACAAGUUUCCAACAUGUACAACAGACCAGGAAUAUAUAUUGGAAAUACCAUUAAAAAUACCAUAUCGUGGUUCUAUCAAAGAACUCAUGCACCGUAUUAUGUCAGCAUUUAAAUUACCAUGUUAUGUGGAAACAGAUUUAUUGCAGUCUUUGGAACAUACUAUUAAAGAACUAUCACUACAAUUUUACGAUGAAAAAGCAGAAAAAGCACUUGAAAGUGCAAAAUCAGGAAGCUCAGAUAUUGAAGAAAUAAUAAAAAAUUGGGAAAAACUUUACAAAGAGAAAACAGUAGAAUAUGCUGAUCCAAUUGGGACAACUGAUGAAGAGUUGUUUGCAGCUGCAUACCAUAGAUUGGUACAUUCUCCAUCAUUAGAACCCAUUUUACAAGCAGAACAUAAAUUUGGAAGGGAUGUUACAGAAGUCAUUCAAAUGAGAGACUCCCAUUAUGAGCAACUUACUCAAAAGCAAACUGAAGAAAUGCGUAAAGCUGUGGAAGCUCUGGAGGCUGGUUCCACUGAAAAAUCAAUAAACGACAUGGCUGGACGACACUUUGAGGAACAAAGUUUACUGCAGGGUCACUGGGGAUCAAGAGUGGAUGCCCUAAAGUUAGAACAAAGACGACAAUAUCGGAAUUGGAUCAUGAGGGUAUUGGAAGAACAGCAGACUAACAUGUUACCAACUCCAGUGGGUUCUCCAAUGGUGUCGAUGCCACUGAUACGACCCGCCUUAGACAAUUUUGUUCAUAGCGAAGAUAAAAAUACUGCGGAUUAUCCGAUUUUGGAGGAGAGUUUUACCAUACACUUGGGCUCUCAAAUGAAACAAAUGCACAAUAUACGUAUUCUGACCGGAGAUGUAUUAGAUUUUUGUAGGACAAAGAAGAGCGAGAGUGGAAUGGAUCCAACACCACAGAGGCUGCAGACAGCUUUAGGUUUAUAUUCUAAUGAUUUGUGUGGAUUGGUACUAUUGAGCGACAAUCAUUUAGGAAGUUACUCUGGCAUAACAAAAGAAUUGUGUUCUAUAUGUCAACUAACAACCGAGUUUCAUUUUCCACCAAUUGACGAGCAACUAGAAAAAGUAAGGGAUGAUGUAAAGGACGCUGUUGCGUGGAGGCAAGCGCAUCAUAAAGAAGGAAACGAGACACAGACGAAAAAAUCGACAACUAGUAAGAGCUUGCAAACAGGAGACGUUUACAUUACAAGGCACUCGAAUUUGGCUCAAGUUCAUGUAAUUUUCCACAUGGUGGUUAACGACUCUUUGAGAUCCGGCGACAUCAAUUCGAGACACCCGGCAAUUUUGGGAUUACGAAACAUCCUAAAAACUGCUUGCUGCAACGACGUGACUACACUGACCAUUCCUGUACUUCUUGUUCACGAAAUGACGGAAGACAUGACCGUAGCAUGGUGUACGAAACGAGCAGAGCUGGUUUUCAAAUGUGUUAAAGGCUUUAUGAUAGAAAUGGCCUCAUGGGGUGGCGCCGAGUUAAAGAAUCUACAAUUCCUUGUACCAAAGGGAAUGUCUGAAGAAGUAUUUGGUACUCUGGCCACGAUGUUACCGAGCAUAUUUCGUGUAUCGAAUCCAUUAGUGUUCAAAGCAACGAGUACCCCACAAACUCCAAAAAAGUGAAUGACUGUCUUGCCUCUGUUA